AUAGCAUGGGUGCAUCUAGACUCCACUUCAGUGUUUCUCAAAUCCUUUGGUUGUCCCCUUGUCCAUACAUCCAGGAAAGUAUCUCUCCAUCUCUAAUAAUGGCGAUUCUGAGUUUCCGUAAUCUGUACUUCAUUUCCAGUAAAACACUAAAACCCUCUUUCUCCCCUCACUUCUUUGACCCUAGAAAACCCAUCUCUAUUUUCUUCUCUUCUUUUACUACAAACCAUAAAUCCCAAACCCUAAAUCCUCAUGUCUCCCUCACUAGUGAUAAAAAUUCAGUUUUUCCGAAAGACGAAAGAUUGAGUGGUGAUACAGACAAUGUAAACGAUGAACCAUCAAUUGAGAAUAGUUUAAGUACAAUUGCUGCUAUUGUUACAUCAAUUGGAGGCCGUCCAGGUGCAGUAGGGAUUGUUAGAUUAUCAGGUCCAUCUGCCGUUACCAUCACUUCCCGUGUAUUUCAACCUUGGAAAACAAAUAACAACAAGAAGAAGGGUUCUAGUUUGAUUAAGUGGAAACCUAAAACCCAUUCUGUAGAAUAUGGUUUGGUUUCAGACCUUCGCGGGAAUGUUGUCGAUGAGGUUUUAGUUAUACCUAUGCUGGCACCGAGAUCAUAUACUCGGGAAGAUGUUGUGGAGCUCCAAUGUCAUGGGAGUGACGUAUGUCUGCAUCGAGUAUUGAGAGCCUGUUUAGAGGCUGGAGCAAGACUUGCAGAACCAGGAGAGUUCACUCUUCGGGCGUUUCUAAAUGGACGGUUAGACCUUGCCCAAGCUGAAAAUGUUGAAAAACUAAUUUCAUCCAAGUCUGUAGCUGCAGCUGAUGCGGCAUUGGCUGGAAUUCAGGGAGGCUUUUCAGCUUUAGUCAAAUCACUGAGGACUCGGUGCAUAGAGUUGCUUACUGAGAUUGAAGCUCGUUUGGAUUUCGAUGACGAGAUGGCAGCCCUUGAUACCAAUUUAUUAAUGGAUUCUAUAAAUUCCAUGUGUAAAGACGUGGAGGCAGCUCUGGAAACUGCUAAUUAUGAUAAACUUCUAAGCUCUGGAUUACAGAUUGCAAUUGUUGGCCGGCCCAAUGUUGGAAAAUCAAGCCUCCUCAAUGCAUGGAGCAAAAGUGAAAGAGCUAUAGUAACAGAAAUUGCUGGAACCACGAGGGACGUGGUGGAAGCCAGUAUUACAGUUCACGGGAUCCCUGUCACCCUCCUUGAUACGGCAGGGAUCAGGAAAACUGAUGAUGUUGUGGAAAAGAUAGGUGUCCAAAGAUCAGAAACAGUUGCCAUGGGUGCUGAUGUAAUAAUCAUGACUGUAAGUGCUCGUGAAGGGUGGACGUCUGAUGAUACUGAACUUCUUGAGCGCAUUCAAAUCAAUAAGAAAACCACAGUUUCAUCUGCACCAAUGAUCCUUGUAAUAAACAAGAUAGACUGUGGUUCAGAUGCCUGUAUGGAAUCAUUUAAAACAAAUGAGAUAUUCUUUGAUAAACAUGUGCUUACAUGCGCUGUCACUGGUCAAGGAGUAUCAGAAUUGGAAUUAGCAAUACUUGAAAUCAUGGGGCUUGACCAAAUUCCAGCAGGGGGACGCCGAUGGGCAGUAAAUCAGAGACAAUGCGAGCAGCUUGUUCGGGCGAAGGAAGCUUUAAUGAGAUUAAAGUCAUCAAUAGAAGAUGAACUGCCCCUGGAUUUUUGGACGAUCGAUUUAAGAGAAGCUGCCUUGGCCCUGGCGCAGAUAAGUGGAGAAGAUAUCUCUGAAGAAAUCUUAUCCAACAUAUUCAGCAAGUUUUGUAUUGGUAAAUAGAUCCCGGUUAAACACACUAUAUAGUGAGUUUAUGGGCUUGGCCCAAUUCUUAGAUCUCAUAUGAAAUUAUUAUGUAUAAUACGUUUCAAUCUUUUAUUAUUCAGAGUUAUAUAUCCUUC